GCUGAUGGAGGAGGAGCUGUAAGCGAGGUGAGCCAUCUUCCCCCGGCAGACUGAUAUACUUUGAUAGAGCCUGGACGAGGGGGACACAGGAAACCAUAUGUGGCUCCUACUGUCAUUUGGAGGUAUCGAUUGUUAGACACCAGGACAACCGGUGGCAGUCGCGAAGGAAGAAAUCCGAAGGGCUCGUUUGAUUUAUUUUUCCCCACCGGAUCUAACCAAGGAAUAUACCAGCUUUUAACGUCAGACAGAAACCCCUUAGUACUAAUGCAAAGAACGGAAAACAUAGCUAGGAGCGGGGAUUAAUAUCCAAAUAUGAACCGAAUGUAACCCAGAUGAAUGCAUUAGUCCGGAGGAUAGGUAAUUAUAAAUUACCAUGUAGUUGUUAAUAGUUCGACCGCUGUGCAACACCACCAGUAAAUGUAAACAAACAGCUAAUCAAGCUAGCCGAAGUUAGCCGUUUGCAGGUUAGCGUUCCCGUGCUACAGCUAACGUUGAGGACUGAAGUAGAACGAAGAUAAAACGACCCGAACAAGCAUUUAGUUGGGUUGAAAACUACAUUAAAUAUCAAUAUACUUAUCAGCAGCGAAUGUCAUAUAUUUGUGUUAUCCUAGUAUGCAGUUGUUAACAAAAAGAGGCUAGCAGCUAACGUCGGCUAAUUGUUGUUACCAUUAGCAGCCCAGUAUAAUAUCAUUUCAACUAGCACAUUAGACCAAGGGUAGUAUUUGACAGUACUAUUGCUACGUGUACUUUAACAUCGUCUCUAUUUGGACAUUUAGGAUGGCUACGGUCUUAGAAUAAUUAAUCGGGUAAUCUAGAGCAGGUCAGGUCUUUGCUGAGAUGAGUAGGACGUUGGGAUGAAGGAAACUUCAUGACUUCUUGACAAUUUAAUCACACCCAUACCCCGGCCAGGGUUUUUGGAAAAAGCUCUAUUGUGUGUCCGUGUUCAUAGCUGCAGAGUGAGGGAGAGGAAAUGUUCAUGUUCUCUACUCUUUAGACUGUUUGACAGCUACAUUGCUAAGCUGCUGAGUUUUCCCCCUCAGCGACAGCAAAAGUACGGUCAAAUAGACGAGAGGACCUUCUGUUCAAAGUGUCUGUCCGUAAAGGGAGCUUCACUUUGGGGAGUUAGUCGGGGAGUGUGGAUAAAUUCUGAAUAACUAAUGCUUGUGUUGGGGAUUUAGGAUUCCGCCUCUAAACACAGGAGAAGUUCCGCCGACCCUUAGCCGUGCAACAGAGGCUGGUCAGAGUUGUAUUAUGUAGCUGUCUGAGGCCCGGCGGUAAGCCUCUCAGCUGUGUUUUGGUCGCUAGUAACCUCCCCUCCCCCAGUCUUCAGUUUCUUGAUUCUCCUCGAGUGUUGGACACUGUUCGCCAGGCUUCCCCUUGAUUUAGACCGAAAAAAAGGACCGUGGCCUCAAGUCGUAGUCCUCUGGACUCCGCAGCAGUUAAAAAGUGGAUGUAAUGGAACUGAUGUUCGCCGAGUGGGAGGAUGGGGAGAGGUUCUCUUUCGAAGACUCGGACCGGUUCGAGGAAGACUCUCUGUGCUCCUUCAUCUCCGAGGCCGAGAGUCUCUGUCAGAACUGGAGGGGAUGGAGGAAACAGUCCGCUGGACCAAACUCUCCUACUGUCAAGAUUAAAGAUGGUCAGGUGAUUCCACUGGUGGAGUUGUCAGCGAAGCAGGUGGCGUUCCACAUCCCAUUUGAGGUGGUGGAGAAGGUCUAUCCCCCUGUCCCAGAACAACUCCAGCUCCGCAUCGCCUACUGGAGCUUCCCUGAAAAUGAGGAGGACAUCAGGUUAUAUUCCUGCCUGGCUAACGGGAGUCCAGAUGAAUUCCAACGUGGAGAGCAGCUCUAUAGGAUCAGAGCUGUCAAAGACCCCCUGCAGAUCGGCUUCCAUCUCAGUGCUACAGUCGUUUCCAGCCAGUCCGGUCAGUCUAAAGGGGCCUACAAUGUGGCAGUCAUGUUUGACCGCUGCCGUAUCACCUCUUGCAGCUGUACCUGCGGCGCCGGAGCCAAAUGGUGUGCCCAUGUGGUGGCACUCUGCCUUUUCAGGAUCCACAAUGCCUCAGCAGUCUGUCUGAGGGCUCCGGUCUCUGAGUCUUUGUCCAGACUGCAAAGGGACCAGCUCCAAAAGUUUGCCCAGUACCUCAUCAGUGAGUUGCCGCAGCAGAUCCUACCCACAGCCCAGCGUCUGCUGGAUGAGCUGCUCUCCUCACAAUCUACUGCUAUCAACACUGUUUGUGGAGCUCCAGAUCCAACAGCAGGCCCUUCAGCAUCUGAUCAGAGCACCUGGUAUCUGGAUGAGUCGACCCUUAGCGAUAACAUCAAAAAGACUCUACACAAGUUCUGUGGACCUUCACCUGUUGUUUUCAGUGAUGUAAACUCUAUGUACCUGUCGUCUACGGAGCCGCCAGCAGCUGCUGAGUGGGCGUGUUUGCUGCGACCUCUAAGGGGUCGAGAGCCGGAAGGCAUUUGGAACCUUCUGUCCAUUGUCCGGGAGAUGUUUAAGAGAAGAGACAGCAAUGCUGCUCCACUGCUUGAGAUCCUCACUGAACAGUGCCUCACCUACGAACAGAUCAUCAGCUGGUGGUACAGUGUUCGGACGUCAGCCUCCCACAGCAGUGCCAGUGGGCACACUGGGCGCAGCAAUGGUCAGUCGGAGGUGGCGGCUCAUGCCUGUGCCAGCAUGUGUGAUGAGAUGGUGGUUCUGUGGAGGCUGGCAGUGCUCGACCCCACUAUGAGCCCCUGCAGGCGAAUGGAAUUGGCCGGCCAGUUGAAGCAGUGGCACCUUAAAGUUAUAGAGAUUGUGAAGCGGGGACAACAUCGCAAGUCCCUGGACAAACUGUUUCAGGGCUUCAAGCCUGCUGUGGAGUCCUGCUAUUUCAACUGGGAGGUGGCCUACCCACUGGAUGGUAUCACCUACUGCUGUGCGGAUAAGAAGAGUGCCACAUUCUGCUGGUCCAGGGCGGUGCAGUACCAGAGAGGAGUCAAAGCUGCUGCUGCAGGAGGUAGUGAAUUUUCUGAAUCAGUGGGAGGAGGUAGAGUUGAUGGUGGAGCUGGAGACUAUAAAGGAAGAGGAAGCGGUCACACGUCACUACAGGAGGUUGCAGUGCGGCCAAAGGAGACCAUUCUGAACAAGAGGAAGGGUCUCUCAGUGAGUGGAGGAGGUGGGGUUCUUGUCCGUCUGGGAGGGAGCGUCUCGCUGUCCCUAGAGGACGGAGGAGGGAAGUGCAUGUACAAAGGGCCAGGAUCGUCAUCUGGAGGGAAGCUCAAACUUACACAGGGAGGAGUGAAGGGAGCAUCUGUUGGAGGUCCUGGAGGGAGUGGAGGGUUAGGAAGUAGCAAACAUGCGAGUGCCAAGCGGAGAACGAGUAGUGAGGACAGCUCCCUGGAGCCUGAUCUGGCCGAGCUCAGCCUGGAUGACGGCUGCAACCUGGCUCUUGGGGCUGAGGCCAGCAACACCUUUGAGUUCCUCCCCCCGCCACCAGAGAUGCUGCCCUCUCCAAGCCCACUGCUCCGAGACUCGCGCAAGUACAACAGUAGCAGUGGAGGAAGCAAAAUUUUUGAAACGAAGCGGGUCAAUCAUGCCUCGGCUGCACUUCCUGCUGUACAACCUGCUCCACAGUGCUUCCCAUCCAAGGAAACUGUGGUGGUUGUUAUGGACAUGCCCAACACUGCAGAAACAGAAGCACAGGAGGAGCUGGAGCCUAUCCAAAACAGAGAAGAAGACGUAGACUCGGCUGGCAGUAACCAGCCUUCCACUUCCGCAAUGACAGCAAGAUCAGGCACCGCCACACAGACAUCUGCUAAGCCUUCACGUGGCCGCAGAGAGGUGGCGUCUAGUGGAGCGGCGGCAGCAGGAAGCGGAGCUGCUGCUGUAGGUGGACCAGCUAACCAUGGGGCAGAGGCAGCAGGUGGAGCUGUUGAAGGAGAGGCUGUGGGUGAGGACGACUAUCAGGCGUAUUACCUGAGCGCUGCCUCGGAGGAAGGAGCAGACAGACAGCUGGUAGACAACCACCAGGAGGACGAGCCAGACAUCUUUGCAGGCAUCAGACCGCUUGAGCAAGAGGGACGCAUGGAGGUGCUCUUUGCGUGUGCUGAAGCCCUCCAUGCGCAUGGUUACAGUAAUGAGGCAUGCCGCCUGGCUGUGGAACUGGCCAGAGACCUGUUGGCCAACCCUCCAGACCUGAAAGUGGAGCAGCCACAGACUAAGGGUAAGAAGAGCAAAGUGUCAACCAGCCGUCAGACACAGGUAGCCACGAACACACUGUCAAAAGCCGCCUUCCUGCUCACUGUCCUUAGUGAGCGACUAGAGCUCCACAACUUGGCUUUCAGCACCGGCAUGUUCUCCCUGGAACUCCAGAGACCACCAGCGUCUACCAAAGCCCUGGAGGUGAAGUUGGCCUACCAGGAGUCGGAGGUGGUGGCACUGUUGAAAAAGAUUCCUCUUGGUCUGGUGGAGAUGUCAACUAUUAGAGAGCGAGCCGAGCAGCUUAGGGAUGGAAACUUCUGUGAUUACCGACCUGUGCUGCCACUUAUGUUGGCCAGCUUCAUCUUCGAUGUACUGUGUACCCCAGUUGUGUCCCCAACGGGCUCCCGUCCGCCCAGCCGCAACCGUAACAAUGAGAUGCCCGGGGAUGAAGAGCUGGGCUUUGAGGCUGCUGUUGCCGCACUUGGUAUGAAGACCACAGUUAGUGAGGCAGAGCAUCCUCUGCUGUGUGAAGGCACUAGACGGGUGAAGGGUGAUCUGGCUCUUGCUCUAAUGAUCACUUAUAAGGAUGACCAGAGCAAGCUCAAGAAGAUACUGGAUAAGUUGUUGGACCGGGAAAGUCAGACCCACAAGCCCCAGACUCUCAGCUCCUUCUACUCGAGUAAGCCAGCUGCUGGGAGUCAGCGCAGCCCGUCUAAGCAUACUGCCACCAACCACAGCGGGGUGAGCGGAGCUACGGGGGGUGUCUCCAAACACGCCCCCUCAUCUUCUCCUGCAAGCAAUUUGGCAGCCUCCUCCUCAAGCUCUUCCUCAGCGGUGGCACCGACUGGGGAGGAGGUGGCUCCUCACGCUGAACUGAACCCAGUGCAGAACAGUCCAGCAGGGGAGAGUACUGCUGAGAACAGAGAGCAUGUUUCAGAUGGGCCUCCAUCCUCAAAUGACCAGCAGAAUGAAUCAGCUCCAUUUAAGCUUGAGACUACAGUGCCCAGUCGGCUGGCACUGGGGCUGCGAUGUGGAUACAGCCAACGCUGCUGGGGUUCACCUGUCCGGCAGAAGAAGAAACACACAGGUAUGGCGAGUAUCGACAGCAGUGCCCCGGAGACGACCUCGGACAGUUCCCCCACCCUCAGCCGGCGGCCGCUCCGGGGUGGCUGGGCAGCAGCAUCUUGGGGGCGGGGCCAAGACAGUGAUAGCAUCAGUAGUUCAUCGUCUGAUUCACUGGGCUCCUCCUCCUCCAGUGGCUCUCGCAGGGCAGGAGGUGGGGCAAGGGCCAAGAGCGCCGACACCAGCAGGUACAAAGGACGACGUCCAGAGUGCCAUGCGCCCCAUGUGCCCAACCAGCCAUCAGAAGCAGCAGCCCAUUUUUAUUUUGAGCUGGCCAAGACGGUGCUGAUCAAAGCCGGAGGAAACUCCUCCACCUCCAUUUUUACCCAGCCCUCAGCCAGUGGGGGUCACCAGGGGCCCCAUAGAAACCUGCACCUCUGUGCCUUUGAGAUUGGCCUGUAUGCUCUCGGCCUCCACAACUUUGUCUCACCCAACUGGCUGUCCAGGACCUACUCUUCCCAUGUAUCCUGGAUCACUGGCCAAGCCAUGGAGAUCGGCAGCGCUGCCCUCAACAUUCUGGUGGAGUGUUGGGAUGGGCAUCUCACCCCUCCAGAGGUGGCAUCACUGGCAGACCGAGCAUCAAGGGCCAGGGACCCCAACAUGGUUCGGGCGGCAGCAGAGCUGGCCCUAAGCUGUCUGCCUCACGCUCAUGCCCUUAAUCCUAAUGAAAUUCAAAGAGCCCUGGUGCAGUGCAAAGAACAGGACAAUGUGAUGCUGGAAAAGGCCUGCAUGGCAGUAGAAGAAGCAGCCAAAGGUGGAGGUGUGUACCCGGAGGUUCUGUUUGAGGUGGCUCACCAGUGGUACUGGCUGUAUGAGCAGUCGGUGGGAGGGGGCUCGGGCCAGCAGCGGGAGACCUCUGGUCGCUGUGGGGCCAACGGGGGUUCAGGCAGGAGGCCGCCAGAGUCCAGCUGUGGUAUUCUGGACAAUGGAGGCAACAUGGAGUCCUCAGGGGUGGCAGCGGUUACAGCUUCAGUCACCGCAACGGCCGUUGUACCGGUCAUCUCUGUUGGAUCUACUAUUUACCAGUCUCAUGCCAUGCCAGGGCAGGCUAUGGCUCACCCACACAGCCAAGGCCUCCACCCCUACACCACCAUCCAGGCUCAUCUCCCCACAGUCUGCACCCCUCAAUACCUGGGACACCCUCUGCAGCACGUCCCCCGGCCCGCUGUUUUUCCUGUCACUGGGGCUGCAUAUCCACAGGGAAUGCAUCCAGCCUUCAUCGGCGCUCAGUAUCCGUUCUCAGUGGCUGCCGCCCCCCAGCCCCCCAUGGCAGCCACGGCUGUCACUUUCCCUGGUGUUCCUGUACCGUCCAUGACUCAGAUCGCCGUCCAUCCUUACCACACCGAGACCGGCCUGCCCCUCAGCACCACUGUAGCAGUUGGCAGCGUCCACUCUGGCCCCACCAUCCAGGCCAUACAGGGAGCAUCACUGCCGUCUCUCUCCUCCCAGCCUGCCCCAUUAGUCAGCACACCUUUCCAAGCAGAAGACGACCAGCAUAGUCAACCGAUCAGCCAGCAAGGCCUUCACUACCUGCAUUCUGCCUACAGAGUUGGCAUGCUGGCGUUGGAGAUGCUGGGCAGGAGGGCUCACAAUGACCAUCCCAACAAUUUCUCCAGGAGCCCCCCAUACACUGAGGAUGUUAAAUGGCUGCUGGGACUAGCUGCAAGGCUAGGAGUCAACUAUGUGUACCAGUUCUGUGUUGGAGCAGCAAAAGGCGUCCUCAGUCCGUUUGUCCUGCAGGAGAUCAUCAUGGAAGCUCUGCAGAGGCUGAACCCUGCCCACAUUCAUGCCCACCUCCGAACCCCUGCUUUCCACCAGCUUGUCCAGCGCUGCCAACAGGCCUACCUGCAGUACAUUCACCACCGGCUUAUCCACCUGACCCCCGCUGACUACGACGACUUUGUCAACAUCAUUCGCAGCGCUCGAGGUGCUUUCUGCCUUACACCUAUGGGUAUGAUGCAGUUCAACGACGUGCUGCAGAACCUGAAGCGAGGCAAGCAGACCAAGGAGCUGUGGCAGCGCAUAUCCCUGGAGAUGGCGACCUUCUCCCCCUGAGUGGAACUGAACCCGAGGAGUAGCAUCGAGAUCCUCCAGCAUUGCUACUGCCACUGCACUGAGCUGGCCACAUUUAUGCUGUCUGGUUCUGUCAAAAAACGUUGCUCCCUGCCAUGUGGAUUUAGCAAUGUGUACACAGGGAGCACAGUCGGUUCCUGUUCCAACCCACAGACUUCCUUUUUUUUUAUAUACGUGUUCAUUCACCCUGAGCUCAGUGGAGAAGCCUGUUCACCUUCCUACUUGUCCGUAUUCCUGACUGACUCCACACUCUAAUUUUCUCAUGGUUCAUAUUUGUGUAACCGUGGAAUUACAUUGUACUCCUUCCUGUCUUCACCUCUCCCAAACUGAAGAUUGAUGGGGACCUCUCACCCUCCAUACUCGCUUCAUGUCCAGUGUUUAGUAGUUUUGUUUCGUUUUGAAUGAAAACCACUGAGUGCGACUCAUUUUCAUGCUGCAACAUUCCUGUCCAGAGUGGGAGGUGCUGAGACCUCAUUAACCAAAAGCUUGUCACUAUGGAUCUGAAUCUUUGCAGCGUGGGACUAAAGGAGGAUUUGCAAGGAAGCAAGAUUUAAUAUUGGAAAUUUUACUGUUAGUACGGGUGAGGAUUUUUUCAGAAUUUUGUUUAAUCUUUUUUGAUACUUUGUACAGACUAUACCAUGUAUGCAGAGAGGAAUGGGAAGAGAAUGAGAGAAUGUCGGAGGUCAUGUCGUCGUUGUCGUGUGGGAUCCAUAUUUACAUUUCAGCUUGCCUGACAAGUGAACACAGCUCCAGACCAAAACCAGAAGUAACGUAACCACUGCUGAGCCGAGCAGGGCCCGCUAGAGCUCCUCCAGCCUGACUCUUCCUAACUGUCCAACACUCACUUAGUCUUUUGUUACGACUUGCCAAUCGAGUUUUGUUGUACAUUUUUGGUGAUAUCUAUUUUUUAAGAACUCCUUUUUUUUCCCCCUAGCAGAUGCCACAAUCUAUCGAGUUUAUGUGUCAUGAAAUGGCACAGACUUUCAGAACCAAUCCCCUUUUGCUAAAUAAAUAUAUGCUUUACAAAAGAUUUGACAUUUAACAAAACAAAUAGUCAUAUUUAGUCUGUCAUGCCUUCUUACCACAACCACUACACAAAAGUUCAGCUUAUGUAAAACAGCAUAAAAAUUUGCAUUACGUGACCCAAGACUGACUCUAAAGAAGCAUUGAAAUUCAAUACACAGCCCUCCUUUAUGGAAUCCAAAUGAGUAGCUCAGCAAAAUGCUUAAACUAGGAGUCCAUGUCGAGGAUAAUCUGCUACAUCCAAGUUUAGAGAAGCAGGUGUGCACUUUUUUUUAGUGAAGGUGGUGAAGUUAGCCAGAUAUACAUUUGCCAAACUGAUCAGUUCAUUCUCAUCCUUGUUUUUUUUUUUUAAAGUUCCAGUUAUUAUAAAAGCAAAACAUAUAGUUUGAAAGCACUUCUGAUAACAUAUUCCAUUCAUUCAUGCAUCCAUUAGCUACACCAACUGUACCCUGUGGGGCUUCACAUGGGGGCUGGAGCCUGUCCGAGCUGAUAUAUGGCAAAAAGCAAGGUACACCUAAAUAAACACAUUGUAAAUCUUACUUUAUGUAGUGUGUCCACCUACAUGUCUAGGUGCAGCGUCCUUUCAGUAACACCAAACAGGAAUGAGCCUUCCCAACUCCCCGUGUCGCCCGCCACUACAACUGUGACUGGAUGAUCGGCAUCUCUGGCCACAAUUGAUCACAAACUUAAACACAAAACUGAAGAAGAGUAAAGAUCACUGAGGUCUGAGUAGUUGGUCCGGGAAACGUACAUUUUUAACGCAAAGCACACACGAUGGAUCAGCCAGUCCAUGCCGGGGCGGCUCAUUUUUCAGCCAGCUUCUUUAAAGGUUAUGCUUCAAAACGGAAUACAUACCAUUGUAUCAGUACCACCCACUACUGUGUCUGUGUUUUUUUUGUCUGAGUUUGUAGGCUCCAGGAGGUGUUCAGUAUCCCAAAUUCACUGUGUGCUGCUUACGUAUCUCAGUGAAGCUACAGCUGUGAUUUUGCGAUACGACUCCAGUGACUCCUCUGUGGACUGUCUCACGUGUGGACAGUGCAUCUACUCCUCAAACGAUCGUACCUUCAGUGACGACUUUGUAUGAGACGGGGCUGUGGUUUAGCUAUGAAAAGCCCAGCUAUGCUGACCUGCGUAAUGCACAUGAGUCCAAACACUCACCCAGACCUGUCGACAAGUUAUGACACGUGAGUGCGUUUGAGUGGCCCCUUUCUUCAGUGUGGUUAGCUCAUAGACCAUGGUGCUGUUAUUUUCAGACAUGUUGAUGCUCUCUGUCCAGGCAGCUGCUGUGGUUCGGAACCUGCCUGUCUAACUGGUUCUGGACCUCACAGGUGAAGGUGACUUAGUAGAAAAUGUACUGUGAUAUUUUUGUAUUCCUCAAAAGUGUAGCUUGAUUGAAAAGUUCUAUAUGUGCUGAUUGCAAAAGGUUCUAAUUUAGAGUGAAAAGAAUAAAAAAAAGCAAUACUAAAAGUGUAGAGUUUACUUAAUAAAGAUCAUUCAAAACA